AUGAGCGCACGACCACCCAAUUACCCUGGCUUAGGCCACGAGAAUGAUGACACUCCUCGCCGUCACCCUCAACACCGCCAGCCUGACGAUCCACCCCCUCCUGCUUACGAAGAAGUGCAGACCUAUCCUACCCAAGAUGAGUAUCGGCAGAUCCCAAUCAUAGAAUCGGUAACAUUUGGCUUGUCAACAUGGCCGGAUAGUGCAGCACCAUAUAUGGCACUUAACAAACACUGGCCGUCAAACCCGGAAAGGAAGAGAAUGGACAUGGUCUAUAAGAUCCGCUACGGCACCAAGAUGUGCGAGUUCAUCCUUUACUGGUACCCGCCUCCAGUCUCACGGUUUCCGGACAGUCGAAGAAGACGGGCGGAACAGAGAUAUCUAGAGCACUUUGAAGAUCUGUGGAUGGAGUCUCCGACCCCUGAGGCUUCUCCUCACUUCCUCCCAGUGCUCAGACAGCUUGACGCGGCGAUUAUCCACACUAUGAUGUCGCAAGAAAUUCACUUGGAACAGUCAGAUAGGCCCUGGAAGUGCCAGAUCAUUGACCAAUUUGAAGACCCACACCCUCCAAUGCAUGCCAUGGUAUGGACCGAAGGGUGGGCUGACUAUCGUCACCGGGAGGUUCUGGCGGUUGCAGUAUACAAUGGGUCGGACGUCCAUGUCAUCCACGAGGACAGGCCUGGUCAGUGA